CAGACAUCAAGAACGAAAUGCAGUUAUUUAGAAGAUUUCUGUUUAAUGUGGAAAGCUCGCAGGAAAGAGAGAAUUCUUUAAGUUGUUCAGGAAAACUAGAAGGAAAGAAAGUUCUCAAACGAUAAUUGGGAAGAAGAAGAAUUUAUGAGUUGCCGUUGUAGAGGAAAUAACACCACCGAUGUCGACUUAGCCCCACCUGACUUGACACAAUCCAGAUUUUUGGGACUUACGGUUUGUGAUAAGUGUCUGUCAUCAUCAUCAAAUACAAGUCAGUGGUCAUUAAAAAGUACUAUUCCAAAGUGUGACCAGUGAUCCGGAAUUAAGACUAUCUUCAGGACAUGUCAUGAGUACUGCUAUCAAGCUUUAUAUAAAACUUUACCUCCCCAAGCAAACAGUCAACAGUUUAUGACAUCAAGACUGGAAAUUUUUGAAAGUUCAGCUAUAUUUAUGACAAACAAUAAAUGUUGAUGCAAGUACCAAUACCUGUUGAAUUUUGAUGCAGCAAAUUAAUGUACUACAACUUUAAUUAUUAUGAAACAAAUCAAAUCAGUUUUGAAUAUUGGAGUUAUGGCAUCAGGAAUGAAGAGAGUUCAUACUUGCAGAAGUUUUUUUUAUUGUACGUAACUUACUGUGCAUGGUGUAAGGUACUUAUUUUUGCAGUUAUGUGUUUUAGGUUUUCCCCAUGAACAUUGUUGCCUGUCAUUCUUGCAUACUACUCUGUAUUCAUUGAAGAAAAUCAAACAUUUGGUUUUGUAAAGUAUAAGUGGUUGUCUAUGUUAAGGAAUAUUUUGGGGAAAUUUCAAGGUGUUGGAAGUCUCUCAAUUGAAAGCCUUUGUAAAGAUAGAUGCCUUCAUAAGGAAGAACUCUGUUAAAAGGUAACAUCCCAUUGUAUGAAGAAUUUAGAAUGGGACAUCUGAAACUAUGGAGAUCAUUAAAUUUUGUUGUACAUAUUACAUAAAAAACUCAAGAAAACUAAUCCUCUUUUAAAAAAACAUACAACCAUUUCAUUAACAAUACUACUUGGCUGACUGUUCUGUCGCGUUGAAAAUGAAAGAAAUUAAAAAGUUUUCACAUUGGAUAGUGUGAGCCUCAACCAAAGUUAAAUGCUGAUGCUUUGCAGAGCAAGUAGCAUGUCCACUAGUUCUUUGCAAAUGAAAAUGCAGACCUUAACUUGAAAUUUCUUGUGGAUGGAAAGUACUAAAAACCACUAUAAUAUUGAAGAAAAGAAGGUAAAAAUGAAUUCAAAACCUUCAUUAGAAUUUAUUGUGAAAAGUGAAAUUAAAGUUGAAGAUCAGUUAUCACUACCGUUAGCUAAUUUUGAAAAUGACAAUUUAGCUAGAUGUAGUGAGGCCAGUACUAAUGAUAGAUCUUUGACUUUGGGUCCAUUCAUAGAAGUGAAUACACAUUCAGAAGUGUGCUGUGAGUCUGAUGAAGGUCAGAAUGCUCAAUUAAGCUUAAACUCUUCCUUGAAAUCUUUCUUGAAAAGUGAAUUUGAUGAUCCAUUAUCACUUCCACCUAUUAGUCAUGAAAACCUCAAUUUCUCUGGCUGUAGUGAAGGCAGUAAUGAUAGGUCUUUACCUUUGGGUUCAUUUAUAGAAAUCAAGACAGAGCCCAAGAUAUACAAUGAGUCUGAUGAAAGUGAUUUGAAACAUUCAGGUGAAGUUAGUUCAUCCAUGAGUGUAGAAGAGUCAUUAUCUUACAAAAAGGAAACCAAUAAAAAGUGUGCUAAACAUUUGAGAUGUUUGGAAUGUGGCAAAAGGUUUUCACAAAAAAAUAAGCUCACAAUUCAUAUGAGAACUCACACUGGAGAGAAACCAUUUACAUGUACAGAAUGUAGUAGAGCCUUUGCUCACAAUACCAGUCUCAUUAAUCAUAUUAAGGCUAUUCAUACAGUGGAAAAGCCAUACACAUGCGAGGAAUGUGGGAAAGGGUUUUGUAUAAAAGGUAGGCUCAAACUUCAUAUGAGGAUGCACACUGGAGAAAGGCCAUUCAAAUGCACAGUGUGUGGGAAAGCAUUUGCCCGGAAAACUAAUCUCAUUAGCCAUAUGGCAAUUCAUGGAGCAGAAAAGCAGUUUAUUUGUGGAGAAUGUGGGAAAGCAUUUUCUCAGAAAAAUGUGCUGAAGAUACAUACAAGGAUUCACACUGGAGAGAAGCCAUUUAAGUGCACUGAAUGUGGAAAAGCAUUUUCCAGGAAAAAAGGACUCAUAAUUCAUACAAGGUUUCACACUGGGGAAAAGCCAUUCAAGUGCAAAGACUGCGGGAGAGCAUUUUCCCAUGAAAGUAGUCUCUUGAGUCAUGUUAUGGCCAUUCACUCUUCGGAGAAGCCAUUCGUAUGUGGGGAAUGUGGCAAAGCCUUCUCUGAUAAAAGUUCUCUCAAAAUUCAUGUGAGAAUUCACACUGGAGAGAAGCCAUUCAUAUGCACUGACUGUGGGAAAGCGUUUUCCCGGAAAAAUCGUCUGACCAGUCAUAUGAGGACGCACACAGGGGUGGAUCCAUUCCAGUGUGAGGUAUGCGGGAAAAUGUUUUCUCAAAAAAGUCGAAUAACUAUUCAUAUGAGGAUUCAUACUGGGGAGAAGCCGUUCAGUUGCAGUGAGUGUGGGAAAGCCUUUUCUGAAAAGAAUGCUCUCAGAAUUCACAUGAGGGUUCACACUGGGGAAAGGCCAUUCACAUGCAGAGAAUGUGGGAAAUCCUUUUCUGAUAAAAGUACCCUUAACACUCAUUUGAAGAUUCAUACUAGAACAACCAGUCAGAUACAGUGAAUUUUGGUACAGCAUUUAUUUCCUUGAAAAUAUUCUCUGACUUUACAUAACGUUAUUUGAUUGGAAACCAUUUAUAUGCAGCGAAUAUUUGGAAGUAUUUUCUCAUAAAAUUAGACUCACAAGAAAAAGGAAUAGUAACACCAAAAACCAGUAAUAAAGCCAAUAAUUCAUAAUUGUUUGGAAAUUGUUUUUCAAAGCAGAUGAAGAUUUUUAGUUUAUGAAAGGCAUUCACACGAGAACUAAUAGAGAAACCAUCAUUCCAUAGCACUGAUUAAAUUUGUAAAUCAGUAUAAUUUGUAAAAGAUAUGUGAGAAUCCGGGCAGGACAAAAGAAAUCUGUCAGUGAAGUACUUUGUAAAAGUAAAAAUCAGAAUGAAAUAAUUGUUCAAGUAUUAUGGAAACUGAUCUAGGAAAAUGACAUGAAACCUUUUGCUUAAGGUGUUGGGAGUCAAGAUAAUUUUGUUUAUCCAUACCUUUCUGAAAACACUUCUGAGAGCACAAAUCAUUGUAGCCUGAAGCCCAUUAACCUAGUCUCCCACAUGAUGUGUAAAAAUAUGAAGUGAGAAAGGAAAGCAAUUUCACAGACUGAAGUCUCAUAUUAGGCAAGGCAAAGCUUAAAAGCCACAAAAUAUACUAAAAAUAUUUCUGGCAUGGGAACCUGUUUAACAAGUCUUAUUUGUUCUGACCAAUUCUAGAAUCCAGAUGACCAACAGUUACCUACACGAAGACCUUGUAUGAGGAUAUUAUGUGGCAGAUAACUUAGCAAAGUAAAUCUGCUCUCUCUCUCUCUCUCUCUCUCUCUCUCUCUCUCUCUCUCUCUCUCUCUCUCUCUCUCUCUCUCUCUCUCUUUUAUUCCUUUUGUCACUGCAUAGCAACUUGGUAUUAGCUAGCAAAAAAAAAAUUGGUUUUGUCAAAAGUACUAAUAGGGAAAAAUACUCUAUCGUGAGAGUAUAUAUAAUGUUCUAAAGGGUCCACAAUAAUAAAAAGUGUUAAGAGUCCGUGUAUAAUUUUUAAAACUUUACAAAAAGCUCUCAAACCCUUCCCAGGGUUCAUCUUCAUUCCAAAAUCACUUUGGACUGAAGAUGAACCCAGGGAAGGGUUCAAAUGCUUUUUGUAAAGUUUUAAAAAUUAUACACGGGCUCUUAACAUUUUUUAUUAUUGUGGACCCUUUAGAACAAAAUAAUUUACUAAUCAUAUUGAAGAAAUUUUCUGACUCCAAGUGAGAUGCUGCAGCCCUUUCCCAGAUACAUAUUGCUCCUAAAUAGGUUGCAGCCCUGGUUCUCUGUAGUUUCAUUAAGUUCUGUAAUAAGAGUUCAAGAUGUUAUCAUACUGGAAAUUUCUUCCCCUUUAGCUUUCAGAAACUGUCAGUCAUUCAGUCAGCAAGUCUGUUCUUUUUCCCAGCUACCUUGACAGCCCAGUUGGCAAGGUAUCUGGAGAGUAUCAGGGAUCAUUCAUUAUUCUGCCCUUACAUAUUGCCUAGGUAAUGGUAGAAAGUAUAAUUAUGAAAAGAUUCUUCCUUUCCACUUAGACCAAAAUUUAUGCCGCUAACACCUUUUUGUCCGCCGAUAACUGGGGACUGCCUGUAUACACAUACUUACAUACAUACACACACAUAUAUAUUAUAUAUAUAGGUAGUCUCGGUUAUCGGCGUGGGUUCUGUUCUGACAGCUUGAUAAGUAAAAAUCGCCAAUAACUGAAAGUCGGCGAUUUUCAGCACUUAUCGGAUAACUGGAUUUUGGCACCAAUAACCGUUUAAUGGCACCCCUGUUAGUUAUGUAUUGAUGCCAAUACUGUAUUAUUGGCGCCGAUAGCUGGAAAUCGGUGCAUGUCGUAGCUGAGGCCGCCGAUAAUCGGUGACUGCCUGAUGUAUGUACACACACACACAUUUCCUAUAUAUAUAUAUAUAUAUAUAUAUAUAUAUAUAUAU